UUCAUUAAGCGGGGGCGGCACGCGGGGGACCGGCGCGCGUGGCGGCGGCGGGAGCGCGCGUGGCGGCGGCGGCGGGAGCAGCGCGGCGCCAUGGAGCUGCUGAAGAAAUGGCUGGGCCACCCCGAGGACAUCUACCACCUGCUGCGGUUCAAGAUGGGCGGCUACCGCGCCGUGAUGCCGCGCCUCGACCCGGACUCGCUGGGACCCGGCCUGCGCGCCUGCUACCGCUACCUCAACCAGACCAGCCGGAGCUUCGCCGCCGUCAUCCAGGCGCUCGACGGCGAGCUGCGACAUGCCGUGUGCAUAUUCUACCUAGUUCUCCGUGCUCUGGACACCAUAGAGGAUGACAUGACCAUCAGCUUGGACAUAAAGGUCCCAAUGCUGCACGAGUUCCACUCCUAUCUCUAUCAACCGGAGUGGAAAUACAUGGAAAGCAAGGAGAAGGACCGGCAGGUGCUUGAGGACUUCCCAACGAUUUCCUCGGAGUUUCGGAACCUGUCGAAGGUGUAUCAGGACGUGAUUUCAGAUAUUUGUCACAAGAUGGGCGUUGGGAUGGCAGAGUUCUUGGAGAAGAAGGUGGACUCUCAGCACGAGUGGGAUAAGUAUUGUCACUACGUUGCUGGGCUGGUGGGGAUAGGCCUCUCCCGUCUCUUCUCUGCAUCAGAGCUAGAAGAUCCUAUCGUUGGACAAGACACAGAACUGGCAAAUUCCAUGGGCCUCUUCCUGCAGAAAACCAACAUCAUUCGUGACUAUCUGGAGGAUCAGCUGGAAGGAAGGGAAUUCUGGCCCAGAGAGGUUUGGAGCAGAUACGCCAAGAAGCUCUCAGAUCUUGCCAGACCAGAGAACAUUGAUAUGGCCGUCCAGUGUCUGAAUGAGCUGAUCACCAACGCUCUCCACCAUGUUCCUGAUGUUCUCAUGUACUUAUCUCGCCUGAAAAACCAAAGUGUCUUCAACUUCUGUGCUAUCCCUCAAGUGAUGGCUAUUGCCACUCUGGCUGCCUGCUAUAACAACAAGCAGGUGUUCAGGGGUGUAGUGAAGAUCCGGAAGGGACAAGCUGUCACUCUAAUGAUGGAUGCCACAAACAUACAGGCUGUGAAAGCCAUCAUGUACCAGUAUGUGGAAGAGAUCUACCAGAAGAUACCGAGCACGGACCCUUCGUCCAACAAGACGCAGCAGAUCAUCGCCUCCAUCCGUGCCAUGAGCUUGCCCAGCGGCCCCAUGGCGUCGCGUCACCACUACUCCCCCAUCUACCUGUCGUGCGCCAUGCUCCUGGCAGCCCUCAGCUGGCAGUACCUGAGCACCGUGUCGAAGGCUGCCGAGGAGUACGUCCAGACGGGCGAGAACUGAGGGCGGGCAGGUGGUGGGAGAGAUGUUCGGCGGAGGGGCAGCGGAGGGAGGAUGCUCUUUGCCCCCUUCCCAUGGGAAUGGCUGAGCAGCGGAUCCUCACGGGCCCCUGUGCUGCGAAGAGGAUGGGACGCUGGCAGGCUGCGCUGGGCUGGAGCCUGGGGCGAUGGGGUGGCAUUGCCAGACUCAGCUCCUCCCUUCUCUUGCUGUCUGGUUGGAUGGUUACAAAUGCCAAUUGGAGUCUUACUGUUUGAGGUUGAUAUAUAUUUUUUUUCUCCUUUCCUGUUGGACAAUUUACCUGAAUUUUUGGUUAGGAUGGUUUUAAAUAGAAACUCCAGUUGCCUCUUUCCUUGCUUGGGAUUUGACACCCCCCCCUCCCCGGUUCAAAGUUCAAAGCAAUCAGGUGGGAGCCUUUGGGUUUUGCUUCCCCAUCUGAUGAAGCCUCUUCCCUAUCGCCUCCGGUGCAUGCUCUGCACUGGAAGGACACAGAGGGCUCUGGUGUCAGCCAGGAAAUUAAUACGCUUCCUUAUGCAAGGGAAAGUGCUGGCUGUUUUCUGGCCCCUGGCCUAAGCUGGUUACAGUCCUGCAGCCUGGAAAGGAGCAGAGGCAAUCUUUAUAUUUCUGUUCUUGAGCUGAAGGAGACUGCUAGGCUUGAAACAGAAGCUCUCUUAUGGUUGAUACCUUGGAGGUGCAAUGACUCUACUUUUUAAUGUGCUCCCAGCUGACAGCCACCUACUCCAGCGCCUGCUGUCUAACAGGUGGCACUGUGCAACUGCAAAGCUUUGUAUUUUAGCAGCUGUGGCGGUGGUGACAUGGAGGAGGUAAAGGGGGCCUAUAUGGUGCUGAGAUAAUCAUCCUGUGCCUGACUUGAGCAGUCUGGGCUCUGCACCGCUGCUUCUGCCCACCCCAGGGCUCAGGCAAGGGAGGGGGAGGUGGUCCUAGGCCUGCUGCAGCUGGGGCAAAGUGGAGCAGGGAGAUGCCACCCACACCAUCACAGCAGAGCUGGAUGCCUCUGCAAAGUGGAAGGAUGAGGAUUCAUGCCCUGUUGUCCAGCAUGGAAACAAGGGAAGCUUUUAGGGGCCUUGUGACACUGGCCAGCUGUGGUCACUGCAGGGCUGGGAAUGCUGGAGACAUCACAGGGGCUGGGGCAGGUUCCCUGGCAUGCUUGGCUCCAGCUCACGAUGCUUGGGGUUAGUCUGAUGUGUAAAACUGGAAGAACCUUCCACUGCUUUUUGAAACAGGCCGGUUUUACUUCAAACAGGCCAUAUUCCUUUCAGGAAGAGCAGGGGAGAAAAGCAAACACCUCUUUAAAAGGAAGUCUUGUUUUUCCUGGGGAGAAUUUUUGUCUUCAGUGUCCUCACUCCCUCCUACUGCUGCUUUGACUUUGUGUAUGAGAUAACAGCUUGCAGCCUGGUACAGGAUGGACUGCAAUCUCCAGGUGAAGUUAGCUGGCCUUUGCAAGGCCAAGUCCCCCAUGAGCAGACUGUUUCUUAAAGGGAAGGGGUCCUCUACUCCACAUGUACUGGUGUAGAUAGUUUUAAGCUGUUGUACAAAAAAAAAAACCUGCGGUAGCUCUCUUUGUGCAGCUUCCUGUCUUGUUAAAAUUAAAGCUUUCUUUGGAAAAAAGGAAAAAAA